UUUAAGUGCACCACUUCACAUUGCCCCAUUAGAUUCUCCAUCCUCCGACGUCUAUGGCUCUUGCCUCCCUCCUAAACACAAAGUGCUCGAUCAAAGCCUACACCUUUCCUCUUUGUGUUUCCUUAAUCCCCAACAUAUCCUCCUCCCUCUUCUCCUCGCUUUGCAGGGGCCACCCGUUCUCGUCACCCCCCGGUGCCCCUCCAGUUCCAAAGAAAGUCCCAUUCACAGUAACGGCUCAUGGGAGGACAUGGCAGGAUCCUUAUCAUUGGAUGUCCGACACCAACGAUCAUGAUCUCUCCGAGUACCUCAGCCGAGAAAACUCUUACGCUGAAUCUUUCAUGGCUGACACCCACCAUCUGCAACGCAAACUGUUUUGUGAGAUGACAAGCAGAAUGCCCACUACCAUUUCCACUCCUCCUGAGCGAUGGGGACCCUGGUUGUAUUACCAAUACAUUCCAGAGGGAAAGGAAUACCCGGUUCUGUGUAGGAAGUUAGAUACUGAGAGAAGUGGCUGGGUGAAUACUUUUCUUCACUAUGCACGAAGAGGAUUUGAAAGCGAGGAAUGUUUGUUAGACUGGAAUCAAAUUGCAGAACAAUAUGGUUACGUGCAUGUGGGUACAUGUCGAAUUUCACCAGACCACAAUUUUCUUGCAUACACUCUUGAUAUUACUGGCCAUGAACGAUUCAUGCUUCAAAUUAAGGACCUUAGAAGUGGAUGCACUAUUUCAAAAUUAGCAGUUGAUGGGGUUGUCAGCUUGGCAUGGGCUCAAGAUGGAAAUACUCUGUUUUAUACGGUAUCAGAUGAUAAUCAACGACCUUACAGGGUUCUCUGCAGAAAACUAGGAUUUCAUGAUAUGGAAGAUGUCCCAGUAUUUACAGAAAGUGAUUCCAGCUAUUGUGUGGACAUAACAAGCACAAAAGAUGGCAAGUUCAUAACUGUGAAUUCAAACUCAAGGACUUCAUCCGAGAUUUAUUUAAUAGAUGCUGCAAACCCGCUAGAUGGUUUGUGCAGAAUUCGUGAGCGUGUUCAUGGUGUACAGUAUUUUGUGGAACAUCACUAUGGUUUAUUCUAUGUUCUUACAAAUGCUCCUUUGACUGAGAAUAAGGACUUUUCAGAUGGAAACUAUUACCUGGCAACAAGCCGAGUUGAAGAUAUACAGUUAGCAAAUUGGCAGAAUGUCAUAGUUCCAGGUGAAGAUAUUAGCAUACAGGAUAUGGACAUUUUUCAUGGACAUCUGGUGCUUUCUAUCAAUAAGAAGGGUUCUCCUACAUUUUGUUCCAUCAAAUUACCUAUUAAUGUUGGUUAUAAGGAACAAGUGGAGAUUGAGAAUCUUAAUCCAUGGUAUUUCCCUUUACCUGCAAAUCCAUGCAGUGUCAUUCCAGGUUCAAACCAUGACUUCAUGAGCUCAGUGUAUCGCGUGGUGGUUUCUUCACUAGUGAUGCCCGAUAUGAUUGUUGAUUACGACAUGUCAAGACAUCUAUACUCGAUUGUGCAGCAAGAUGAAGUGAGAAAUGUUUCUGGUAAUUUACCGGCUUACAAUCUCGAUACAGUUUUUUCACAGAAGGAUGAAGAAAACAUCCAGAAUUUUGAAUCACAAAGAUGGAAGGACUUCUCCAGUAUAUACCAUUGUGAAAGGAAGGAAGUUGUUUCCCGUGAUGGUGUCAGGAUUCCUCUGACCAUCCUGUGCUCUCAAAAAUCCUGGCAGAAGGGCCUGUCUCCUGGAGUUUUACAUGGCUAUGGAGCAUAUGGGGAAACUUUAGAAAAAAGCUGGUGUGCAGACCACAUGAGUUUGCUUGAUCGUGGUUGGGUGUUGGCAUUUGCUGAUGUGAGGGGUGGUGGCGGUGGUGAUUCUUCCUGGCACAAGUCUGGCAGUGGUUUACACAAAAAGAAUUCUGUGUAUGACUUUGGAUCAUGUGCCAAAUACUUGGUUGAUGAGGGUUAUGUUCACAGAGAUCGGCUUGGUGCUAUUGGAUACAGUGCAGGAUGUUUAGUUGUAGGGGCAACUAUCAAUAUGUACCCAACUCUCUUUUGUGCUGCUAUUUUGAAGGUUCCAUUUCUUGAUAUAUGCAACACAUUGUUGGAUCCUAAUUUGCCUCUCACCUUACUGGAUUAUGAAGAAUUUGGGAAUCCUUGGAUUCAGUCCCAAUUUGAGUCUAUUUUGAGUUACUCUCCUUAUGAUAACAUUACUCGUGACACUUGUUAUCCUUCAAUGCUCAUUACAGCAUCAUUUAAUGACUCGAGGGUGGGAGUUUGGGAAGCUGCAAAAUGGGUGGCUCAAGUACGAGAAAGUACAUGUUCUGAAUGUUCUCGUGCAGUCAUUCUGAAGACUAAUAUGACUGGAGGACAUUUCGGUGAAGGUGGACGCUAUGGUCAAUGCGAGGAAACGGCUUACGAUUAUGCUUUCCUGAUGAAAGUUCUAUCCAAUGCAUAAACAAGAUGUGCUUUGUGGAAAAGCCGUCUAAUCCAAUUGGAGAAAUUAUGCAGAAGUCCGGGUUCUUCUUUAUAUCACCAUAUGAGUGAACAAGAUUCUGGCUCCUUGGAUACCGAUGAGUGAACAACGAAAAGACUUCUCUCUGUACAAGGUGUCGAACCCCUUCAUCCAUACUGGCACUGCGCUUCAAUUUUCAUGUUGAAAUUCAAAUGGUUCAAAAUAAUUAAAGAGCAUUCGUUGUGGGGGACUAAUGGUACUCGAACAUCAUUAAUUUUGCUUUGAAAAAAUAUGCUGAAGUGGCUCUCUCCUUUUUUCACAAUUUUAUUUUGUAGAAGGGUUGCAUCCUUCAUUGUCUUACAUAAUUAAGUGAAAUUUUACCUUA